CGUAUCCAGACCAGACCAGACUCGCUGGAAAUAGCGAGGCAAGCCGCAAACAGCAGCAGCGCACCUCCGCCUCCGGUCCCUACCCAGCCGCCGAUGCCGCCCCGCGCCGCCGCCGGCGACCUCAGCUGAGCAUGGCGGCCGCCCCCGCGGGCCCCCAGAACCGCUGCGUCUUCGUUGGGAAUAUACCGUAUGACGCGACGGAGGAGCAGCUCGUGCAGAUAUGCGAGGAAGUCGGGCCCGUGGUCUCCUUCAGACUGGUUGUUGAUAAGGAAACCGGAAAGCCGAAAGGUUAUGGAUUUUGUGAAUACAAGGAUGAAGAGACAGCUCUAAGUGCACGUCGGAACCUUCAGGGUUAUGAAGUUAAUGGUCGUCAGUUACGUGUUGAUUUUGCUGAAAAUGGGAGGAACACUGACAAAAAUAGAGAAAAGGGUCGUGGAGGACCAGGAAUGUCAUCUAGUGUUGAUGCUCAGAAACAAUUAACCACAACUCCCGCUGUAGGGGAAACCAGCCUUCAUCAGCUUAUUGGUCUUCCACCGGCAAUACAUGCUGCAUCUGUGAUGGCUGGCGUUCUUGGGGGAGCUCAAACUGCAAAUGUACAAAACGGUUUACCUGUCCAAUUUGGGCUUGGAAACGACCCUCUUACCCAUUACUUGGCCAGGAUGUCAAGGCAUCAGUUGUAUGAAAUCAUGUCUGAGUUGAAGACCCUAACUACUCAAAAUAACGACCUUGCCAAAAAACUGCUGCAAGGAAUUCCACAGCUUCCAAAGGCCCUAUUUCAGGCACAGAUAAUGCUCGGGCUAGUGACACCUCAGAUGAUGCAGAUGGCUAAGAGCCAACAGCCCUCUAUCUCGUUGGCACAAUCUUCUCACCUCAAUGAAUCAUUUCCGCAGUCAGAUGCUGUGAUACCAAUUGUUCAUAGACCUCCACCAAACCCUAAUGCCAUCCAGGAACAAGCACCGCUGCAUAACUUUCCGCAGUAUCAACAUUCAUCUCAGCCUCCAGUCAAAAUGUUUCUGCAUGGACAUCAGUCUGGGGUGCUGACACACCCUCCAAUGCUAUCUCAGCCCUUCGGCACCUCUUCCAGUGUUCCUACUCAACCCCCUGUAACUUCAGGAGGUUUGAUAUCACAAGUUCAGCCUUCAUUUUUGACACAGCACCCUAGACCACCAGUUAUGCCAACUAAUGUACAGCAACUACCCUCAACUAAUCCUCAUCUCCCCCAGGUUGCUGCUGAACCUGAGAUACCCCAGAAGGAAGUUAGAUUGCCUGAUCGAACUAGUCAUCAGGCAGAGUUAGAUCAUCCCUCAAAAUUGAGAAAAUUGGAGGAUGGAACAUCAACGCCUGGAAUAGCGAACAAUAAUCCUGCUGUUUAUUCGGCUCCAUCGCAGGUAGUGGUCCCUAGUGGACCAUCAGGGAGCUAUAGUUCUGGUGCUGUUAACUUUCAGCAACCAGAGAAUGAAGCGCCUCAGCUCACGCCAGACGACGAGUCUGCCCUUCUGCAGCAAGUCUUACAACUGACACCUGAGCAGCUGAGUUCAUUGCCAGUAGAGCAGCAGCAGCAGGUGAUACAGCUCCAGAAGAUGCUAUCAGCUGGUAAAUAGCGGCAUGACACCAGCUGAGUAGACACAGUGAAAUUGUUAACCUACAUAGUCAAACAACCAUUGAAGAAGUGGUUCGUCUAGCCACACACAUAACUUCUCAACUUUGUUGGUAUCUCUGGGCCAUCAGUUUUGCUCCUGAUUAUUUAUUUGGCAUUCUUUGUAAAGUUGGAGGUAAAAAUGUGGUGGCUAAAGAAGUUGUGAAGAUGAUAAUUGUCCAUUAGUUCUGUAACAUUUUAGAAAAGAAUAAUCUAUCAAGAGAAAGGAGGUGCAUUUGUGUUCC